UGGAAAUUUUAUGACAGCUGUUCGUAGAAAGUAACUGGGAGACUUCCCCCACUCCCUCUUUUGGUAUGGUCAUUGUGACACAGAGAUAUUUGCAGAAUGAAAAAGCUUUAGCAAGCUUGAAGAUGAGAACACUUGCAUAUGCAGAAGCUUCCCGUGUCUGUGGUUUCAGUACUUGAGAGGCUGAGCCAGGAAGGUGGUGAAUUCCAGCCAUCUGUGAGGAAGACUCACUGCAGUGGUAGGAAACACAAAGAGAAUGUGAAAGACUACUACCAGAAAUGGAUGGAGGAGCAGGCCCAGAGCCUGAUUGACAAAACAACGGCUGCAUUUCAGCAAGGAAAGAUACCUCCGGCUCCAUUCUCUGCUCCUCCUCCUGCAGGGGCCAUGAUCCCACCUCCCCCCAGUCUCCCGGGUCCUCCUCGUCCUGGCAUGAUGCCUGCACCGCACAUGGGAGGCCCUCCCAUGAUGCCCAUGAUGGGCCCCCCUCCUCCUGGGAUGAUGCCCGUGGGACCUGCUCCUGGGAUGAGGCCGCCCAUGGGAGGCCACAUGCCCAUGAUGCCUGGGCCGCCAAUGAUGAGACCUCCGGCUCGCCCUAUGAUGGUGCCCACUCGCCCUGGAAUGACUCGGCCAGACAGAUAAGAGCAGAGCGGCUCUUCAUCAGUUUUGUAUUUCUUCCUCUGUUUCGCCAGGAGAUCACGGUGCUGAGCCUGUGUUUUCUAGCUGCAUGACGAGAGAACUCCCCCUUCCUAACGGAAUAGUUUUGGAGGGAGAAGUGGUAUAAAAUGCAGUUUUCACUUACAUUGUGGGAUGUGAAAAUAAAAUGUCAGCUCUUUUAGUUAAAA